AUGAAUAGUACAACCAGUAGAGCGAUUACCAGGGCUAGGGCAUCCCCCAUAAGCGAUGAGACUGCGAUUCCCAGAGCUAGGACAUACCCCGUAAGCGAUGAACCUCAGGAUGGAGAAAAUGCUAGGGCGUUCCCCAGAAGCGACGAAAAUGUCAUUAGAGCACCACCGCAAGCACCUAGAAUGCGAAUUUCAACAUGGAAUGUCGGCUCAAUGACUGGACGCAGCACCGAAUUGGGCAAAGUACUACAACAUAGACGUAUUAAUAUCUGUUGUGUUCAGGAGACGAAAUGGAAGGGGUCCAAAUCUCGAAACAUUGGCUGUGGCUACAAACUUAUCUAUCAUGGAACAAGAGCACAUAAUGGAGUUGGAAUUGUUAUGGAUAGAGAUCUGCAGGAGAGAAUAGUAGAGGUGAAAAGAGUCAGUGAAAGACUCAUGUCUAUCAAAUUUGCUCUGGACAAUCAACCCUGUAUGAAUGUCAUAAGUGCUUAUGCACCACAAGCAGGAUGUGCAAAUGCUGGAAAAGACAUAUUUUGGGAAGAAGUUAACGAUCUCCUGUAUUCCAUUCCUCCAACUGAAUUGAAAUAUGUCUGUGGGGACCUGAAUGGGCAUGUAGGACAAAAUACAACUGUUUAUAACAGUAUACAUGGUAACUUUGGCUAUGGAACUACAAAUGUGGAAGGCGAAAAUAUACUCGAGUUUGCAUCAGCACAUGAUCUGGCUAUAAUAAAUACAUUUUUUGCCAAGCAACAAGAACACCUUAUAACAUACAAGAGUGGAAAUGCUUCAUCACAGAUUGACUUCAUACUUGCAAAUAGGGAUAGACUGAAAACAUUUAAAGACUGUAAAGUGAUACCUGGAGAACCUCUUAUCUCCCAACACCGAAUCCUAGUGGCAGAAUUUCUCUUACCACAUCCAAUCAGGAUGAAGAAGGAAAGGAUUCAAAGAAUACGCUGGAAAAGGCUGAAUGAGCAGGAUGGUGGCGAAUUUUCCUUAAAAAUUGAGCGGUACCUCCACUCAGAGAUCCCAGAUGAAAGAGUUAGUCUUAUUUGGAGAAAAUUUCAAAAAUUUUGUAUUGAUACUGCUAAACAACAUCUUGGAGUGUCAAAAGGUAUUGUACAGAAUGGCAAGGAUACUAGCUGGUGGAAUCCAGAAAUAGAUACCAUUUUGAAGGAGAAAAAACGUCUCUUUAAACAAUGGCUGUGCAGCAAAACACCAGAAGAUAGAGAAAGGUGCAAGCUUGAGUAUGCUAUAGCCAAGAAAGCGGCAAAAAGAGUGGUGGCACAGGUGAAGGCGCUUUCAAACGAGAACUUCUAUGCAAAGAUUGAGACAACUAAAGAAGCUCAAAAAAUAUUCAAAAUUGCCAAACAGAGACAUAACAACUGUCUAACAGGAUAUUAA